ACGGAUUAACUCACGUGCCAAAGAACACCGGAUGGAGAUGGUCAACAAAGCAAAUCACGGUCAGGCGUUACGUGCCAGCUAAAAAAGUUAUUUUGUGCUAGAAUUGGUAUUUGAAAACACUCCACGUAAUAGAGGUUUGUUACUUCGAUCCGUAAAAUAAAUAAACUGCAGACGAACUAUAAUGUCAGCAAACGGGCUUGCAUCUAGAAUCCAGCAGUUUUUAGACCCCACGGAGCGGCUAAUGGCUGGCAUGCAGAGCCCCUUUCAGCGCCUAGCUCAGCAGAUGCAGGACAUUUUGGGGGACCGGGGCAUCUUAAAGGAAGUGAUCCAGGCGGGAGAAGGUCCCCCAGUGCCAAGGGAUGCAUCCGUGUCAAUUCAUUUCUCUGCAUACCUGGAGUAUUCUGACCAGCCGUUUGAGACCACCAGCCAUUUGAAGUACCCGCGGAUGAUGAAACUGGGCAGAGACGUCACGCUGUACGGGCUGGAGCUGGGCCUGCUGUCCAUGCGGAAGGGCGAGUUCUCCCGCUUCCUCUUCCUGCCCAGGUACGCGUACGGGGAGAUCGGCUGCCCCCCGCUCAUCCCCCCCUCGGCCACCGUGCUGUACGAGGUGCAGGUGCUGGACUACCUGGACUCCGCCGAGGUGGACGAGUUCUUCGCCCUCUCUCCGGAAGAGCAGAACACUGUUCCUCUGUCCACCGUGCUGAACGUGGUCAAAACACAGCGCUGCUUUGGAAACCGCUGCUUCAGCCAGAGCCGCUACGCGGACGCCAAGGACCGGUACAAGCAGGCCUUGACUCUGCUGAAGAACCGCGAGCCGGCGAAUGAGGAGGAGGGGCGGAGCAUCGCGGCGAUGCAGCUGCCCAUCUUCCUGAACCUGUCGCUCACCCUGCUGAGGCUGGAGAAGCCUCUGAAGGCCCUGCACUACGGCCAGAGGGCCCUGGAAGUGGACCCCCAAAACACCAAGGCCCUCUUCCGCUGUGGCCAGGCCUGUCUGGAGAUGGAUGAUUAUGAGAAGGCUCGAGAUUUUCUACUCAUGGCUCAGGCUAAUGAACCCUUCAACAAUGACAUCAACAACACACUUAAGAAGUUUGCAAGCUGCUACAAGGACUUCAUGGACAAGGAGAAGGAGAUGUGCUCCAAGAUGUUUCCGGAUUUUCACGUGACACUGAAGAAGUGAAGGUAGAGAUCUCCAGCUCUGACUGGUUAUGGCGGGAAAGGAUCUCCCAGUUGCCACUUGACGCAGGUGGCUGGAAGGAAAAGACCCAGAGAGGACAGGACCAGCUUCUAAUUACGUACAGAUUUGGGUGUUUGUGUUUACCAAGUGCCAAACUGAAAAUGGAUAUGGAGUCAGCCCUGAGUGGGGAAAAUGGGUAUAACUCACCUUGUAUACUGGUGAAGUAAUAUCCAUUUAUCCAUUAUCAAGAGCCUGCGCUGCCUAUGCUUUUUGGUUUAUUGGUUAUGUGUUUUGAAUAAGGUUAUUUUUCAAAGCAAUGAUAUACUUCAGUGAUUUAAUUACAUGUUUUUGGUGCGAGUUUUGAAAAUCAAAUGACUCAAAUAAUCAUAGUUCUACCACAGUGAACUCGAUGUUAGCUGUUGUGUUGGCUUGUUUGGUUAUGCAGUUCAUUGUCUAUAGAGUCGGGUGCAGGAAAUAAAGUUUCUCUGGACACUAAAA